CACCAUCAUCUUACGACGACCAUAGUCUCUCUCUCUUUUCUUCCUAGCCCCCCCGAGAAAAUCUCUUCCCGGAGAGCGAACCAAAAACCCCUAAUUCCUCCCGAUAUCGACCGACGGCGAAGCGGAAAGCUUAGGGUUGUUUUUGUUCUUCAAGAGAAAAUGGCGAACGACGCAGAGGCGGUGGACUUCGAGCCGGAGGAGGACGAUUUGAUGGACGAGGAAGGAGCCGUCGACGUCGACGCCUCCUCGCCGCGGGCGCCGCAUCCCAAGCUGAAGUCCGCGAUUACCGGCGGCGCCUCCACUUCGGUUGCGCCGAAGAAGACUAAAGGCCGAGGGUUCAGGGAGGAAGCUGACGCCGAGCGGCAGAGUCGCCUGGCUGGGCGUGACUUCGAUUCACUCGGCACGGAAGGCGGUCCUGGUGCUCAAAGAUCCAUUGAGGGAUGGAUUGUUUUGGUUACUGGUGUGCAUGAAGAGGCGCAAGAGGACGACUUGCAGAAUGCUUUUGGCGAGUUCGGAGAGAUUAAAAAUCUGCAUUUGAAUCUCGAUCGGCGUACUGGUUUUGUUAAGGGAUAUGCGCUGAUCGAAUAUGAGAAGUUUGAGGAAGCACAGGAUGCUAUUGCUUCAAUGAAUGGAGAUAAAAUACUUGAACAGACUGUCAGUGUCGAUUGGGCGUUCUGCAAUGGACCCAGCACUGGUCCUUUCAAGAGAAAGAAUGCAAGGUUUGUCCACUUUUUCGAUUCUGCAACAUUUUGUUCAUGUCUUAGUAUUGAAAGAGGAGAGCAUGCUAUCUUUUUAGCUUAUUAUGAUCACAUUGGCCUUACUAGGAUAAUCAGUUGUUUGGUAUCUGACGGGACAGGCUAUUAUCGGGAAUGCACGAACGCACCGUUCAAGGAGCCCGAGGAGGCGAUACUAGGUGGAAGUAGCUGUGGUGCUUUCGUGUGCUGGACAGCGAGGAGUGGUCUGGUGCUGUGUGAUAUGUGUCUGUAUUUCGAUUAGAGUUAAGAGUUGUUGCUGCAGUGUGAUGAUGGAUGGUUGGUGCUGAGAAUUUGUUAAUUUUUUUUUUUUUUUGCUGUGGAAUCCCCUUCUCAUUGCUUUGCCGUUUCAGCAGUUCCGGAUGGGUUGUAAACUGAAGUUUGUAGUAGCACUUUCAUUUCCGACUCGAGGUCGAAACUCGGCUUAUUUCUCUGUUCUCUAACCUUCUUUGAUCGCUUCAUGUGGUUUUGUCUUGUAAGGGUGGCCGAAAACAAUGCGGAAACUUUCCAUAUCUACCACCAUAAAAAAAAAAUUAUAAAAAUACCACUGUUUUCGGAG